AUGGCCUUGUCUGAUCAUCUCUAUCAUAGCAGGAUCCGAACAAUUUAUGGGAGAAGAAGAGUCACUGGGGAUGAGGACAAAGACAGACUGAGUGACUUACCAGAAUGUAUUAUCCUUCACAUUUUGUCAUUUUUGAGCGCACAACAUGCGGUUCAAACUUGUGUUUUGUCCACCAGAUGGAAACAUCUCUGGAAACGUAUUCCAACUAUUAGGUUGAGUUCUUAUGAAUUUAGGACUUUGAAGAAAUUUUCCCUAUACCUGUCUAAGAUUUUGUCUCUCCGUGAUACCUCAACUGCGCUACAUGCAUUUGAUCUGUUCCGUCAUCGUGAUAUUGAGCAUCAACUCCUUAAAAAGUUUUUAAAGUUUGUUUUUUCACAUAACUCCCAUCUCCAGCAAUUAGGAAUCUCUCUGUGUGCUGAUAGUGGUCUUAUUUUGAGUUGUGUUUCUUCAUGUCGGGCUCUUACAUCUCUUAAGCUUUCACUUCACCCUAGAGGGAGGGAACUUAAAGAAACAUUGUUUCCAAAAUCUUUGAAUUUGCCUUUACUGGCCAGCUUGGAUCUAACAAACUUUGCCUUUUGCGGUGAUGAUAGCGGUUGUGCCGAACCCUUUUUGCAAUUUACCAAGUUGAAUAGUUUGGUCAUUUGUCGUUGUAAGGUAAUUGAUGCACAAAUCCUCAGCAUAUCAAGUGAGACACUUGUCAAUUUAGCUAUGCAUAAUAAUUCAUCUCUCCUUGCCAAAAUCAAGCUAUAUGCUCCAACUCUUUGUCACUUUAAUUAUAUUGGUAGCCACCAUAUUCACGAAAUAUGUGGGAGUGGACUUUCUUCGGUUAAAAAAGUAAAUAUCAAAUCACUACGAUUUUCAGCUUCAAAGGAGGAUGCUUUGGCUCUAUUUAGCUGGAUGUUAAACUUUGCUAAUAUAGAGUCAUUGACGGUUACUUCAACUGUUCUACAGAUUCUCUCCUUAGUUCCCGAUGUAUUGAAGGUUAAGCUCCGUUCUUUGCAUAACUUGAAGUCAUUGAAAGUAGAACUGAUACAAAUUGAGGAAGGAUCUUUAUUACUGUUAAUGAAAGAUGACAUGUUAAAGAAAGCUGCUGCCAAGUCACCUAUAGAAGCUGCGAAGUUAAGAAAGGCAUUUGAAACAUGUUUGGAACCACCUGCCAUACCUGAUGGAAUAGUUGACUUCUUGCGACAAAACUCGCCGUUGGCUGAAGUUAACAUCACAACAGAUUAUCCGAGUUCCUUUAAUCUGAAACAGAUUGAAGAAUCUAUAAAGGGUGCGAAGAUUAACAGUUAUCGUUCGCGAUUAUCUAUGCGUCCCUCCUCCUCUCUUCCGCGACUCUCUGUGCGUUCCUCCUCCUCUCUUCCGCGACUCUCUGUGCGUUCCUCCUCCUCUGUCGCACCUGCUUUGGCUGCCAAGUCUGCUUCUGAUGCUGCUCCUGCUUCUGCCGCCGAGCCUGCCACUGCUGCAUCUCCCAAUCUUCAUCUCUGUCUUGGCGAAGAGGAUGUUAAGUCAUCCAAUAAAGAAGAGGAGGAGAAGCACCAACAUAACACCGACUCUCGACUUCAAGAUAAUGGGCAGUGA